AGAUAUAAAAUAAGUAAUGAUACAUUCUAAUAAUCUCGUUCUGCAGAAAAGGUCUGAUUAAAGAAAGUGCGUCCAUUAAAAAAUCAGUUUAAUAAUCCAAAGCAGCAGCAGAUGUUAAUCCUUUUUACAGGCAUCGGGCCAAAAUAGACCUGGUCGUUCCCCUGUUAUGUUGAUAUUUUGUGAUUAUCUGCUUAAGCCCAUAAUCCCUCUCUAAUCAUGAAUAUUCAACGUCUGACCAGCUCGUGGAGCAUUCACUGAACUCACAGCAGCAUCACCACAUUUAAAGAGGUCAUCCUGGUUUCCACUCGUGUUUCUUUGUGGGGGAAAUACCACGAGAGGGGGACGAUGCCUUGAGAGAUCUGACCUUGACCUUGAUCUAGAGACUGAAGAUGCGCGUCGGUGGAUGUGUGGCGCUCUGCUUGAUCCCUCUGCUGCCUCUUUUUCUGAACUCGACGAUGGCUUUCGAGAUGUGUCCCAGCGACUGCCUCUGCUACGAGUCCUCAGCUCUGGUGGACUGUCAGUCUCGAGGUCUGGUCCACGUCCCUCCCAGCAUCCCACCCAGCACCUGGAUGCUGGAUUUAGGUGGGAACAGGAUGACGGAGGUACACAGCAGAUCCUUCGUGGGGCUGUGGUCCCUGAAGAUCCUCCUGAUGUCCAACAACAGCAUCCAGACUCUGCAGCCACAGUCUUUUUCCUCGCUUCACUUUCUGGAGAGAUUGGACCUGAGCUUUAACCGGCUGCGUUGGCUCCCUCAGGACUUCUCUCAGAGUCUGUCCUCCCUGCAGCAGCUCCAGCUGGACCACAACCUGCUGCAGCACCUGGACUCCGCUGCCCUGUCUGACCUCGAAAACCUGAGGAAACUGGACCUCAGUCACAACCGCCUCCGGGCGAUCGAUGUCGGGGCCCUCAGCAGCCUGUCUCGUCUGAGCCUCCUGAACCUGGAGGGAAACCGGCUGAACGCGCUGAAGGACGGCCUCCUGGGGAGACAGCAGAGUCUGGAGAAGCUGCUGCUCGGACACAACAACAUCUCCGUGGUCGAGACCGAAGCGCUGGCUCCUCUGAGGAGUCUGACUCUGCUCGGUCUCCAAGGGAACCAGCUGGAGCGAAUCCGAUUCAAGACCUUCCUGAAGCUCCAGACCACCACCACCCACCUCCUGAUGUCCGCCAACCCCUGGAUCUGCGACUGCGAGCUGCAGCGGGUCUUCGGCAAGAUCCAGCACGUGAGGCGCCUGCGCGUGUACGACUACGAGGACAUCGUGUGUCGCGCUCCUCCCCUGCAGGCCGGGACCGCCCUGUCCUCUCUGGACAGUCAGCUGUGUGUCGCCGAGACGGCCUCGGUGCUCAUCAUCACCAUCACCGUGUUGCUCGCCGUGAUCGGGGCUCUGGUCAAAGCGGAGUUCCACCGGAAGAACAAUCAGGCUGCGAGUGAAACAGACUCCGAGAAAGAGGAGAAAUGACUUUAAUCAUCACU